CUGUGAAGAUUGUAAACAUACGAACUUUACUUCGUGUUUGGGUGGUGUUUUCGAUGUGUCACAAAAUAUUUUUUUAAUUUUUCUUGAUGGGGCAGUCUAAUAGCACCGACAGCGUUAUUCCACAGACGGUGGAAAACCUUCAUGACGACAUUUGCCGACAAGCAAGAUUACUUUCUGAAAUUGCUGCGCUUUCAUACGAUGAUCUGCAAGAGUGCAUUAAACAACUGAAUCAGCUAUGCAGUCACUGUGCUGAUAGAGAUGGCAAACAGUUACUCUUUCUUGUAAAGAAAGGGACUGACUCAACGUUAUUAUGGAAGGGAACUGUUAAAAUAUUGUGUGUAAAAUUUGACCCUUCUACAAAACAAAUCGAAGGGCAUAGGCUCUUCAGCCUCGGUGACUUUUUGAAAGUUUGCCGGUCUCUACAGAGUCAACUGCUAGUAGCAGAGCAAAGCAGUGAUUGUGCAACCAACCAGCCAGUGACUGGAAUGGAAGUUAACAUAAGCCAGCAUAAUGGCAGUACCUCUAAUACCUUUGAAAGCUCAGCAUUAAUGUCAGAGUCACAUAGUUUGCCUACUCAGAGGUUAAUUAACACAUCCAUGAUACUGGAGGAGAGAGCCACACUUACAAGUGGUGCUAAUGAUUGCUGCAUUUGUUUGGAGAGAAAACCAGAUAUAGUUUUGCCAUGCACUCACAGCUACUGUGUGGUUUGUAUAGAACAGUGGAAUGUAAAUCACAAGACAUGCCCCAUAUGUCGUGAAGCGUGUGAAAGUACUGAUGACAGCUGGGUUAUUUCUGAAGUACCAGGAGCCCAUGAAAUAAAUGAAGCAAUAUGUUCAGCUCUCAUGGGAUUGCCCUCAACAUCAGGCACUCCAAAGUGAUGCCUCUGACUGUCCAGCACUAUCAUGUCAUAGUUAUGAAAUAAAAUGCAGACAGAAUACACCUGCACGUCUGUUACACGUUUUAUGUGUAAGAAUGAUAGAUAUGGUUUCAUGACCAUGAAUGGUAUGGCCAGCUAGUAGAAAUGGAAUAAUUUUAACAGGUAACUCUUGUUAUAUUUGACACACAUACAAAUUUGUAAAAUCGUGUUACAGAAACCCAAAUCUGAAGUGAAAAGUAAAAUUAUAAUUAAUCACUUCUGCAUAUGUAUGUACUGCAGAUCCCAAGCUAUUUGAAAAUUCUUAGAAAAAUUGUCAUGGAAAAGUGAAGAGAAACUCACUCAUUGGUGUAAAUAUUGUGAAUUUUCGGAUUAUAAAUUAUUUUGACGUCAUACAUGUAUUGAAGAAACUACACAAGGGAUAAAAAAUUAUUCCAUUUUACAUUCAAUGUUUUAAUUUUGUUUCAUUAUAUUCAUUAUUUGCCAUAAACUUUUACCCCCAGCAGUAAUAUUAUUUACCAUUUUUCUUUAUUCCUCACAUUUUCUUUGCCCUUCCUUUUUUCCUUGUAGUGACUGUUGUGGUAGCGGUUUGCAAGUGUGUUGAGUUUCCAGAUUGUGAGUCAUGACUAUAUGUAAGAAAUCAGUAUUAAAAAUAUAUAUAUUAUUGUGAUAUACCCAACACUGACAAUGUAGUGGAUUUGUCAUUUGGUGGAACAGAUUAUUUCUUGCCCACUGUUAAUGAGAUAAAUAAGUGACACGAAUAAAUUGUAUCACUGACUGUUCAUCAAGAAUUUUGCAUAUGUUUGUACAAACCUUCUAUUGUAACUCCCAUUUAGUGAUGAAAUUGGACAUCAUUAUAAAAUUUACAUAAAUAUGUAAAAGUGUUCAAAGUAGGGUUUUCUUGAAUGAGAUUUUCACCCUGCAGCGGAGUGUGCGCUGAUAGGGUUUUCUUCCUUUCCUUCUAAUGUAACUUAUGAACUUACAAGUUAUUUAUGGUUAUGAUGAAUAUAUGUAUUUUUGAGAGUACAUCACUUUAGUCGGGUUUAAACAAACAUUUAUCUUUCUGUGUAUGGUAAACAGGAACACUAAUGAUAAAUUUUGUGAAACAGGGAGGUUGCUAACAGUAAUUUUCAGAGUUUGUAUGCUGCUACCUGUUCACAAGAAAAUAUUCUAAAUACAAUCAUAUUUGUUCGGAAAAUAGAUAUGUUUAGUAGUAGUUCUUAAGAGGCUUCACUAAAGUAUUGAACAGGGAAGGCACAAGAGUGCGGUCGAUGAAGAAAGUACCAGUAUCCCCUUGCCCUCCUCUUUCCCCUCACCCUCCUAUUUCUCCUUGCACUCCUCUUUCCCCUUGCCCUCCUCCUACUGCCUCUUGCCCUCCUCAUUUCAGUCUGUCUGUCCCUAUAAGACAAUCAAUUUUGCAUUUUGUUAUUGUAUUAGUUAGUAUCACAGCUAUGAUGUAUUUGCCCUGACAUGACUAUUUGCUGUAAUUGACGUGUAACAUUAUAAUCAUUCUCACCACUGCCACAGCUGUGUGAGCUGGGGAAAGGGGGGGGGAGGGUGAGAGAGAGAGAGAGAGAGAGAGAGAGAGAGAGAGAGAGAGAGAGAGAGAGAGAGAGAGAGAGACUAAAUUGAAAAUGCAAUUAAUAAAUGUCUGAUUUGCCAUCAGAAAAUUCACAGAAGCAUUAGUGUAUGAUCUUAGGGCACUCUUGAAUGGUAUAUAUUAUCUACUUCUCUAUUCUAAAUUUGCAAUUUGCUGAGAAAGUUCCAUCAUUUAUGCAGUUUAUUUAUAAAUUUCCUGUUUUCUUAACUGAUUGUGGUAUCUGCUAUGGUGACACAAUAUUAAGGAACAUGCACUCCGGGUGACUGAAAGGGCCUUAGCCAUCAGCACUUUCAAGUCUUAUUAAAGUUUAAAUCUUAACUCCAUUGGUGUUCAGCUGUUAUGAGAGAUGGCUAUGUCAAAUAAAUUCACCUUCAUGACUUGAUGCUCUAGAAGGGCUUUGUGGCCCAAGAGUUUUGGCACCACCCCCUCACCCGCAUGACAUUGUCCCCAUCCUCAUCCUCCAAGUGCAUUUUUCACAGUAAAUGACAGGUGGUCACAUGGUGACUGAGGACACUUAUAAAUUGUGUGUCAGUUGAUUUUGUAUUGUCAGUAAUGGUGUGCAUUGAGUCAUGAGGGAUGCUAGUUUUGCUAUUUAUACUAUUCUCAUGCUUUCAGGAAUUGUGACAUUGAGAAUUCUAAUAAUAUGGUAUAUUGAGAUUGAUGACAUCUGCCCACUUUGUGUGUUGUGGAAUAACAAGAUGUUCCUUACUAAAAAUAAGCAAUAUACACACAGGAAUAGAAGCUUCUGUAUCCUCCUCCUGAAGAAAAUAGACUGGCGAGGUUUAGGAAAUGGAGUGAGUUACAGAAAGUCGUCCCUUUGAAAACAUGAGAGUUUAUAGGUGGAAUAUAGGAGAAACCUAAUAAACAGUAUUCUGUUGAAGGUCAUGAAAGUCAUGACCUCAAUGCCUGUUCCACCACAUGUGCCAUCUCAUUCUUGCCCAGCCCCCAACACCAGUUUCCUGAACUCCACAGGUAGGAACUGGCGUUAUAACAAGUAAUUAGUCCUCACCAGCCACAUGGCCUUAAUUUCUGUUAAUUUCUUUGGUCUCAGAAUUUCUUCUCAGUAAGUAUUCCUUUCUUCACUACCUUUUAGUUUUGCUUUCUGCUCUUAUUAACUCUUGCACAAUGUUUUGUCAGUAGUUUCUAUCUUGCUUAUUAUCCUAUCUUCCACCUUCAGGCUCUUUCAAAUCUCGUCUGGUGCAGUCUCCAACAAUCAGUCUUUCCUUGUGAUCCAUCCAAUAAGUCUCCCCUGACCCCAAGUUGUGGGUGAAUUUUCCAAAAUUCUCAUCAUUUCCUAAACCUCGCCUGUUCUUUUUCUUCAUACCUCUUACAUCCUCUUCCACUCUUUCGCCAGAAAAAGAAUAAGAAGAAGAAGAAGCCACUGGUUGCAAAAGCUUGUACAUUUCCUUAACUUUUGUAUGCAUUCACUCCUGGCCCCACUUGCUGAGUAUUUUUUUAUUUAUUUAUUUUUAUCUGUCCAAUUAUAUUUUCAAAAAAUGACUUUUUUUAUGCACGCAUGCACACAUGUACACGCACGCGUGCGCGCGCACACACACACACACACACACACACACACACACACACACACACACACACACACACACACACACACACACUUUUCUUGUCAUGCCCUGAACUAAAGAAUAUUUUGCCCCGCUAUCUACAUACACACUUAUGUGUAUCUUCUGCAAGCUGCUGUAUGCUAGAGGAAAUUACUGAAUUUCUGUCCUGUUUUAUUCACACAUGGAGCAUUAUGGAAAUGACUGACUGUAUGAUUCAGUAGAAGGCUUAUAGUCGUCGCAUACAGGUUUCCUAAAUUUAUAGAUACAGGCAAGACUCUUUGAACAUCUCAUUUUACAGUUUCAUAUCGUCUGUACUAACCUGUUACUUAUUACAAUCCUAGCAGUAUGACCGAAUUCAUUUGCCUACAUGAUAAGAACUCCAGAAAUUUAGGUGCCUCUUUCCUACUACUAAGUUCUCAUGUUCAUUUUGUAUCACUAUUUUAUAUUAUCUUCCAGUAUUCAAUGUGACAGACUCCAGUAAUUUACCAUUAAACUUAUAAUCAGACACCACAGUUAGAGAUCUUUGUAAUUCAUCACACAAACAGAAAUACUGUGUGAAUUUGCUUACAAACAGCCAGUAAUGACUCUUUCUGUAGACAGCAGUAUCAUCAGUGAACAAUCUUAGUGUGUCUGCAAAAUCAUUAACUAAUAUUAGAAACUUAAGAGCUGAUCCUUCAGAAUUUCGAGGGAAAAUUUAUGGCUUACAAGUUUUGGAUUUGGAGCUGAUUUUCUCUUUAUAUGAUACUACAAGAAGUUCACUUUCCUUUGUCAGGAGUUGGCAUAGAUUUUGUUGCUGAUUGGUUGGACUCCAACCAUAGAAAGCAAUGAGAUCUGUGCUCACCACAUGAUAAAGACAACUACGGAAGUUGUUGCAAUAUCGUGUAAAGAGAAAGUGACCAUGACUGCAAAUGCUGAAACUACUAAAACCAACACUAGAGAUGCCCUGUUGUUUCCUGACAGUGUGGCCUCCUGUGUAAUGUGCUGGGUUCUGUUAGUUAAAAACUGUCUGGGAGUAGUGUGCUGACCAAAACACCCCUCCAUACCAUAUCCAGAUGCUGCCUCUGGUUGAGAAUGAAAUAGUGGUCAGUCAGUCCUGACAGGCUCAUCUGAGGCCAAAGUGAUGGAACUUUGCUUGAUUUUUUGUGUUUGUUAAACUAGGUCCCGUAGUGCUCAGAGCCUUUUUGUUUGUUAAACACUGCUCAAGCCAGUCACAUAUCUGUAGAUAUGUGGUCAUAUUUUGGCUAUCAGUCAACUGUGUACAAGUGUGAUAGAUGCCUAUUGGAAAUUCAGAGAAAAAGAACGAUAUCUGUUCAUCUGUGUUUACAUCUAUUAUUUGUGAGACACUUGUGUGUGUGAAAAAAAUGUUUCCUUUCACAAAAGUAGUUUUACCUAAAACAUUUCCAUUUCUUUGUAAAACACUAGUUUUGCACCAGGAACACUAUAAAUUUACAGCCUUGAAUCUGCUAUAUCUACUAUAUAGAAUCGUGCAACAGACAGAAUUCUCUCACCUAGCACACACAAGUCCUUGCCCAUUCCUUUGCCACUUUUGCACCCAACAACCCCUGUCCCAUUUGGCACAUUGGUGUGAAAGAUGCAAGUAUAUGAUAUGUGUCAUACAUUUUCUGACUAUGUCCUAUUGAAGUCCUCUCACUGACAUUUCCUACCAUAUUGGAACCAUGGCCAAUAGCCACCUGGGAGAACAGCAUUAUCGUAUACCAACUUCACUGCAAAUGCUGUAUAGUGUUUCAUGUUGAUGUGCUCACAAAAAAAUUAUCCAACCAGAUAAAUGUCUACCUCCAAACUUUAGGCAAGGAACAACACACCCAGUGAGGUUGCUGCUGAACAUAAUUUGGGUGCUUUGUGACUCAUUCAUCUGGUUAUGGCAGUAACUGAAGUGGAUAUAUGAAGAUUUAUAACAUUUUGGCAGGAGUGUGAAGUUGAGGCUUCAUUAUGAGGUAUGUUAUUGGAGAGUUACCGAUACAGAAGCAUACGGGCCAGGUCAAAAUAAUCUUUUAAAAAAAAAUUAUCCCAAGAAAAUAAAUCUGCUAGUGUAGUGUACCACACAGAGUAAUAGUUUGCAAGAAAUGAAAGUGAACCAGGCCUUAUGGUAUAUCUCAUUAUUAAUCUUGUAUGCCAACCAGGUUUAAUGUGGAUUUUAGGAAGUUUCUUAUACACAAUAACACAAAUUCUGACCUCAUUCAUUGUCUCAGGACCAAAACACACAAAAAGUCACCAUGUGCAAACACACAGAAUUUACAAAAUUUGCAAACAGAUAGCAUAUUUGCCUGUAGUUCAUUUAGGGUGAGGGAGAUGAUGUAGCUUCAGCAAGUACUACCAACGCGCGCUAGGACCACAUUGAAUAAUGAUUCACCAGGUCUGUAACCUGCGAUGAAAGCUCGGAGAGGGAAAUAAAAUUCCAAGAAAAAAGAAGCCAAAAGAAAGUAAUGUGUGAAAAGAAUAAAGAAUCCAGUACUAGGACCAGAUUUCAAGGAGUUGGUCUCUGGCAGUAAGACUCAGUUGUGACUUGUUUAAUUCAAAACAUUGGAUUUUAGUUUCAAAACUUUGUGAAACAAACCAUUAAGAACAACAUUAAUAUGAGAAAUACCACAGAAUCAAAUAUCCCUCUUAUAUAAAUCAUCUGCAGAUAUUAUUUCUGAAAAAAUAAGAGUAAAAAUUUAGUAAUCCUGCAAAAUGGUAUGAUAUGCUUUAGAAAAAAGUAGGUUAACGUUUUACCCAAGCAGUAUCUAUCUAAAUGAAAUCUAGAAUCAGAACAUGUAUAAUGGGACAAAGUCCAUAGAAGAGUGUCAUUAGAACAAAAUUAAUUAUUAUUAUUUUUUAUUAUUGUUGUUAUUGCAAUUAUUUCAAUCUUCUGGCACAUGAAUUAUCAUCAUUCAUCUUGCUUCCCAAUACAGUGUUGCUAAAUCUGAAUUACAAUCACUUAAUCUUGUACACUCUUUUAAAUGUUCUUUGUUCAACAUCAAACCAAUCUUGUGACACAGAACACAUUCUGGAGACAACAGGAUGCAGAUCUUAUAAGGUGGGCAGACAGUGAAUCAUGUCCAGUAAUCAAUCUGAAUAUGGCUACGGCUUAUCUUCUUUUUCCAUCAGGAACUACUGAGUCACCUGUACAGUUCUUCCAGAUCUUUCCCUCCCAAGAAAUUUUAUUGGAUGAUUUUAAUUCUUCUUAAAAUAUGUUGUUUAACUAUGUAUUUCACUGAAAAAUAUGACAUGUUAGUUUUUUCCCAUCUGUUUAAUUUUUGUGCCCUUUUGGCUUGAAAAUCUAAGCUACAGUGAGAAGGUUACAAGAAUUGCAAUUGGCUUGUUCUUCUGUUAUAGUGAUUUAAUUACUUCUUGGAUUUCUUUAGAUUGAAUGUUUUUUGGAUCUAGUGUGUCAACAACUGCUUAUAUUGCUACUCUGCAAUCACAAACUAUAACUGAUUUGUUGAAUGUGUAUAAAAAGUUGUUUAGCUGUAUUAUUGCGGUUCUGAUGGCUUCAACUUCACCUUCAAAAUUCAAGUGAUUUGGUCCUAAAGUUUGACACAAAGAGAGAAUUUUUCUUUAUCCUCGAACACCUACAUUUCUCUCUCUUCUCCAUUAACAAGCCAUCUGUGUAGAUGUGGACCCACUGAUUUUCAGGUAUUUCAGAUUUAUUGUGUUUUAUCUCUCAUUAUUAAUUUAUCUGUUUCACGUUUUGAUAACUAUCCAUUAUAUUUAAUUUGUAUUGUAAUUGAGAAACAUAGUUGAAAGGAAUGGGAAAACAAAUUCUCUAGCAACAACUUGCAAUUAUUUAUACUGUGAUCUCAUGUCUUUCACGUUUUGGAUGAAGCCAGCCUGUGUUUUCAACAGUAUUUUAUUUUUGUUAAAUGGAUUUCCACAUUGUAGUCAUUUAGUAGGGUUGGUAUACAAAUCAGUUUCUCAUACUGAAACUGUGCUAACCUCUGAAUACUUACUUCAGUAGUUUCUAAUCCAUUUAAAAAUCUCUAGGAUACUAAAUAUGUUGAUUUUACUUGAUGAUUUGUCUUUGUCUCAGUAUUGUGCUCUUCCACAGAUCACCGAGCGAGGUGGCGCAGUGGUUAGACACUGGACUCGCAUUCGGGAGGACGACGGUUCAAUCCCGCGUCCGGCCAUCCUGAUUUAGGUUUUCCGUGAUUUCCCUAAAUCGCUCCAGGCAAAUGCCGGGAUGGUUCCUUUCAAAGGGCACGGCAGACUUCCUUCCCCGUCCUUCCCUAAUCCGAUGAGACCGAUGACCUCGCUGUCUGGUCUCCUUCCCCAAAACAACCAUCUUCCACAGAUCCAAAUGGAGGACUGUUUUAACCCCGGAUAAAUUUGUUUUGAGACAUAAUGUAAACUGCCUCUGUCUGCUUUAGCCAGCAGAUGCACAUUGUAUAAUGCAAAAUGGUAUGCAGAUGACGAUCAAGAUUCCAGGCAAAAUAAUAAAAAAACCACAGGAAUUCUAUAAGUAUUGAACAUGAUAAAAUAAGUAAAAGCAGCAAGUUAAUGUACUCUUUAAUGUAUAUUUAAGAGGCUAUGGGGAUUGCAUAAGAAACAGAAUGAACAUGAAUUUGCACCAGAUAAGAGUGUAGAAUACUUUUCAAGUAAUAGUUUAGCUUGUUUCAAGGUUACUGAUAAUAAUGAAGAAGUGAAUAUGUAGCUGCUAAAUGUGAAUCUUUCUUUAGGAAUAAUUCUUGCCAUAUGAAGCAAUUAUGUGCUGAUGUACAUCAUAUGUUAUUACAUCCCCAUCUCCUGAAGUAUGGGUCCCAAUUUCAGAUUUUGUAUGGUAUUUGUGUGCAUAUUGUGAAAUUGAACAUACAUGUGUGUUGUCUCACCAGCUAUGUCACAUUGUGUGACCAUUCUGUUCCUGCAUGAUAUAUAGUAUACCAUUAAAAGUACAAUUUGUAGAUCUUGCAGCACAUAGCAAAUGUUAACCCAUUUGUGCCAAAUCGUCAUUCAGUAACAAUAAAUUAAGACAUGUAAUUUGGCACAUUACUGAACUACAGAUAGUAAAUCCUGAAUGAGAUGCUGUCAUGUUUGGUCAAGGUGCCUUUUCUGUAAUGUCCUCCAAUGUAUUACUGUGAUUAAUUCUUGAUACUUUAAUUAACUGUGUAUGUGUUUCUUUUUACACAAAGCAAAUUAUGUAAAUAAUAAAGUAAAUGGGAUAUUACAA